AUGCACACCUCCCCCCCCCCCCCUGUCCCCGCUGCGGUGAUCAGAGCGCGUGCACCCUGCCGCGAGAGUCUGCAGUGGGACACAGGAGGAGGCCAAAGGGAACGCAGCGCCCCCUCUCGGUUGGAACAGGAUCAAACAGCACAUGAGCGCACACCAGCUCUGAAAGUCUGUGUGAGGGACUUACGUAACAUCCACGGGAAAAACGACCUCGUCCUGACCUCUGCAGACGCGCGUUACUGGAUGGACGCUGACUUUGGUCCUGCCACUGGAGCAGCUGUGACGGGACAGGAGCUGGGAGGAGGACAGGGUGCAUGCUGGGACACGGAGUCUGCAGCCAACUCUGUGAUGGAUGAGCGACAGUGGAGCUAG